AUGUCGGCGAAAAGGAAGAGCAUGACUUCACCUGGAGGAAGCACCAAGAAACAAAGGAAGGCUAUCGAUCUUGAGAUGAAAAUGAAGAUCAUAAACGACUAUGAAGCUGGUAAGAAAGUUAAAGCGAUAGCACGUGACUUGGAGCUGGUGCAUUCGACCAUUUCGACGAUCUUGAAGGAUAAAGAUAGAGUGAAAGAGGCAGUGAAAGCAUUGACAGGAUUUAAAGCCAUAAUAACUAGGCAGCGGAAAGGCCUCAUUCAUGAAAUGGAGAAAUUACUGGCGAUCUGGUUUGACGACCAGAUACAAAAAAGAAUGCUGAUGAGCCUUUUAAUAAUUCAAGCCAAGGCACACAGUAUCUUUGAGACUUUGAAGGCGCGCGAAGGCGAAGAAUCGACGGAAACAUUUACGGCAAGCCAUGGAUGGUUUCAAUGGUUUCGUCGGAGAUUCAACGUGCAUAAUCGGAGUAUCAGCAGUGAGGCGGCAAGCACGGACGUAGAAGCAGCGGAAAAAUUUGUUGACCAAUUUGACCCCUGCUGA